UCUAGAUAAGCUCGUCAGCUACAACAGUUUUACAAGCCCAAAACCACCAAGCUCGUAGGAAGCUUGUACAUAGCUUGUUUGUAAACAGUGUAAAUUUUCCUUACAUUUCUUUCUAACUCAUUAAUGAAAGAAUGUCUUCUCCUGCGCUGCCUUCGAGAACAGCAGGAAAUCGCAAUUCUUCAGAUUCCUCCAGCAGCUCAACCAAAACUCCUCCAAUUCCAACUCCAAGAGUCUCUGCAUCUAUAGCCAAGAGGUGGCCACCUUUAGCAAAUGAUUCUCCAGUGCAGCCUCAACCAAAAAGCCCUACAACAGUAAGCACCCCUCAAAAGCCCAAGCCACCAGCUGAGCCAACACCUCCCAGCUUGCCAAAGAGACCUGCAGAGCCUCUCCCUACACCACGGACACAAGAAAAAGGACCUCAAUUGCCUAACAGACAAGCGGAACCAUUACCCUCACUACCCUCACAGUCGGAAGCUGGUCCUCCUCUACCAAGAAGGCCUACAGACCAUCUACCCACUACACCUUCUCAAGAUUCAGGUCCACCAUUGCCCAGGAGACCAGCCGAAGUCCUUCCACCAGUAGAAGUAAAUAUGCAGGCUCUGGCAUCACUAGUAAAGUCUACCACAAUCCCAGUGCUAGCAGUUGCUAAUGGAGAUCUGGGACCUGAAACUUUUGGUCAGUGUCUACAAAGUGCUACUGAUGCGAUUGGAAAAAGACAUGACGAUGAACUCACUGCAUUGGAGAGCCUUAGAUUUCACGUCUUCAACAGAGCAAAACAAGACAAGGCGUACGCUGAAGAGCUUCUGAAGACCAACAUGAGGGCUAGCAAAAAAGCAGCGAGUGUGUCUGACCCAUCUUCUCCAAUUUUUCAGGCCUGGUUGAGUUACCUUGAGAUGUCAGAGAAUGUUCAGAAGCAGAUCAGUGCUGGGGCUGCUCAAAUGAACACGGUGCUCUUGGGCACUGUCGACCAGCUCAUCAGAGACAAAAGAGGAGCCAAAACGGUAUUUGAUAGGGAGCUGGCAAAGAUGGACAAAGAGAAGGUUGAAUCUUGCUCACGAGUGACCAACCUUAAGAAAGAGUACCGACACUAUGUCAAGAAGGCUGAACAGUCCAAAGAUAAGCUUGAAGUCACUCUAGCAAAGGACCCUCCAAAGCCACAGGAUCAGGACAGGGCUCGUAAGAAGUUUGUAGGUUCUGCUGACAAGCUGCACAGUACGCACAAUGAGUACAGUCUCUCCAUUGUGAAUGCCAACAGGCACAUGGAGCACCAUCGUCUCCACCUGGUCCCAUUCACACUAGACACACUGCAGCAGAGAAUGCAGCUACAGAUUGGACAGUGGAGAGACGCUAUGAUGAACUAUGCCAAGGCUGUGGACUUCACUCAGACCUACCAGGAGUCCUUUGAGAAGCUGUACCUGUGUCUCAAUGCUGUACAACAGGAUGCUGAAUACAGCAGCUUUGUACAGGAGCACAAGGAAGAGAACCCUCCCCUGGACUACUUCUCAUUUGAGGUGGAUCUACUGGAGAGUCCCACGGCUCCUAAGGUGGAGGCGGGCGGGAUUGUGGUCAACAACCUCACUCACAAUGUCAUGAAGUUAAGGCUUGCCACACUUGAAAGUGACCUCGAGCAACACGGGAAAGAUAUUCAACAGAAGUCUGAGGAACUUGAGGUGCUAAAUUCGUCAGGAAAUGGUAUUGAGGACAGUGGCUCAGUGUCAUCCCCGCCACCACCAUCACCAUCUAAGGAGACAGCACAACAACCACCCAAGCAUGUGCGUGUGGCCACACUGAACGCUGCUAUCAGGGAAGUGCAAUGUUCAGUGGCUAGGAAGCAGGAGCAAACUAUACUGAUCAAAGAGGCAGUGGAUGCAAUGGCUGGGGAAACGCCCCCUAUGUUUGACCCCCUAGGGGAGGGAGUUGACCUCAGCGAGCUGGCAGCGGCUAGUGCUGCUGAGCCAGCAAUGGACAGUGGCGCAGGACGGAGAUCAACGCUUGCCUGGGGCAGCACCUUGAAGAACAUGAAGAGUGCAAGCAGCAAGAUCAAGACGCUGUUCCGAGGAAAGAAGAAGACUCGUGGUCCGUCAAUUUCGUCAGUGGAAGAAUCUGUGUCCCCGCUCACGACCAGUGAGUCACAUGACACCAUUGCCAGCACGGAAGAAACUGGAUACGAGUCGGAUGAGAGUGCUGAUAAUUAUGAUCAGCCGCCGGACAUCCCUGUGGAGGAGGAAGAGUGGUACUUUGGGGACAUUGAUCGACGACUAGCGGAGAACAAAUGUAAGGUCGAGGGUGACUACAUGGUACGCUACUCUGAGAGGCAAAGAAAAUACGUCCUCACCUGCAAGUACAAGGGAUCAGCCAAACACUUCGUCAUCCAAGUCUUCACUGAUGACAUGACUAGUCAGAAACAGUACCGAUUCGAGUCCAAGGCCUUCUCUAAGAUCCGGUUCCUGCUCGAUUACCACACUAGCUCUGGCACCCCGGUUACUAGGCAAUCAGGGGCUAUUAUCAUCAAGCCCAUAUCAAAGUACGACAAAUGGGAGCUUCAAAGGGAUGAAAUUAAGAUAGGGAAGAAAAUCGGAAAGGGGGCUUUCGGAGAUGUUUUUGAGGCGACAUAUUUGAGGGAUGGUCGGAAGGUGGCUAUGAAGACUUGUCGCUCUAGUGAUUUGUAUGACACGGAGAAGUUCUUACAAGAAGCUGACAUUCUCAAGGGCUACCAGCAUCCAAACAUUGUCAGUCUCAUAGGAGUGUGCACGCAGAAGGACCAGGUGUAUAUUGUAAUGGAGUUUAUGCCAGGGGGAGCCUUCCUGGACUUCCUAAGAAAGAAAGGAGCCGGUCAGACUAAAAGUAAACUGUGCUCCAUGAUUAUCGACGCUGCCAAGGGUAUGGUGUAUCUAGAGGAGCAGCACUGCAUCCAUCGUGACCUGGCAGCCAGGAACUGUCUAGUGGGUGACCAAGACGUUGUCAAGAUCGGUGACUUUGGUAUGAGCAGAGAGAGUGAUGAUAGUGAGUACACAGUGCAGUCUGGAACAAGGGCUAUACCUAUCAAGUGGACUGCCCCUGAGGCCCUCAACUACGGCAAGUACACUCCUGCCAGUGACGUUUGGAGCUUUGGAAUCCUCCUCUGGGAGACAUAUUCAUGUGGCUCCGCCCCUUACCCUGGGAUGAACAAUCAGGACGCACGAAUGGAGAUUGAAAAUGGUUAUCGGAUGCCCCCACCCACUGACUGCCCUCAGGAGGUGUAUGGCGUGAUGCAGCAGUGCUGGCAAUAUGACCCAGAGGAGAGACCUGACUUCAGGACUGUCUUUGACAUGUUGCAGCAGAGCUUUGACAAGAUCAAAAACUGAACAUGCCUUUUGAAUGUAGAUCUAUGUGUGUUGUGUGUUUUUUCUGUGUUUUAUGCACUUAUAUAUAUAUAUAUAUACACUAGAACCUAGUAUCCCUCUCUCUUUUACAAUGUAUAACUUAAUUGGCAGUCGGUGAACAGAUAUUUUUUUGUGAUGUUUAUUUUUUUACACCUGAGAGUAUAGUUAUCAUGAAAUAUUGUGUUUGUCUGCUGAUGAUUAUUUGUACUGUUGGCUAUAAUAAUUAUUUACUAUGUUUAUAGAUUUGUUUUGGUGAUCUGA